ACAACUGAAACGCUGAAAUGGAGUCCCAGGUGCGCCAGAACUUCCACAGUGAUUGUGAGGCUGCCAUCAACCGUAUGGUGAACUUGGAGCUGUACGCCUCCUACACCUACAGCUCUAUGGCUUUCUUUUUUGACCGCGAUGAUGUUGCCCUGCACCAUGUUUAUGAGUUUUUCAAGGAGCAGAGUCAUGAGGAGAGGGAGCAUGCUGAGAAAUUCAUGAAAUAUCAGAACAAACGUGGGGGUCGCAUUUUCCUGCAGGACAUCAAGAAACCAGAGCGUGAUGAGUGGGGUAACACCCUGGAUGCCAUGCAGGCUGCUUUGCAGCUGGAGAAGACUGUGAACCAUGCUCUUCUGGACCUGCACAAGCUGGCCACUGACAAAGUUGACCCUCAUCUGUGUGACUUCUUGGAAUCUGAAUAUCUGGAGGAACAAGUGAAGUCUAUUAAGCGUCUUGGAGAUUAUAUCACCAAUCUGAAGCGCCUUGGGGUGCCCCAGAACGGCAUGGGCGAGUACCUGUUUGACAAGCAUAGCUUGGAAGAGAGCAGCUAAUCUGUGUCCCACCCAUGAGGAUACCAACUCUAUUCUGCAUCUACAUUCCCCUUUAUCGGUGUGGAAAUAUUACAUCAUGUAAGCCAAGGGGCUUUUCCCUGAGGCCCUUAUACCUUCUGUGAUCCUAUUAUGCAGCUGUUGCUAUGCUUGUCAGCAAGUUUCCAAUAAAGUCUUUUAGCAUUUAAA